UAAUAGUUCUUCAUUUAUAAUCGACGCUUUUUAAAUUUGCGGCGUUUCUUUGUUAUCUAAGCGUGUUUGUUUUGUGUGGACGGGUAAACAUGGGCUGCUUUUUCUCCAAAAAAUCGAGAAGAAAAUCCCCGGAUAAGGACCCGGCUGUGAGGACAGAGAAGGAGGUGUCGAACAGGAACAGCGCUGCUGAAACCAACAACACCAGCGGUAACCAGGACCAGCCCAAACAAUACAGCUGGGAUACACGGGAGAAGGUUGAUCCCAAAGACUUCAUGCUGACUGGUGUGAAGGAUGCCACGGUGGGCCGAUUGCCAGGAACCUUGAACGGGCAGCAGUUUGUUAUUCAAGAAUGUGAAAACUGUGACAUUUACGUGCUCGACCAUUCAGCCACGGUUACCGUUGACGACUGUGUGAACUGUCGCAUAGUCCUCGGCCCCGUCAAAGGCAGCGUCUUCUUUCGAGACUGCAAAGACAUUAAGUGCGUUCUAGCCUGCCAGCAGUUCCGCACGAGGGACUGCAAGAAAAUGGACGUCUUUUUGUGCUGUGCCACUCAGCCCAUUAUCGAGUCUUCGACUGGCAUGAAGUUCAGCUGUUUUCAGUACUAUUACCCAGACUUGGCCUUUCACUUUAAAGAUGCGGGACUGAGUAUAUUUAAUAACAACUGGAGCAAUAUACAUGACUUUACACCAGUUUCCGGAGAAACUAACUGGAGUCUGUUGCCAGAGGAUGCCGUGGUGUCGGAUUAUGUUUCUUUUCCUGACUCCGAGUCAGAGUUCAAGAGUAUACGUAUCUCUGCUGAUAGGAGCCGCAGUAUCGUGCCCUUGACAAAAGGUGGGAGGCGAACGGAGAGUGAGGAGUCCUGCUUGUUUGUGUUCUUUGCUGGAGAUUACGCCACAGCCAAUGCACGCAAGCUCAUUGACGAGACAACCACCAAAGGUUUUGUCCUUAUCCAGACCAAAGAGGUCUCGAUGCGUCCUGAAGAUGUGACCAGAGUGUUCAAGAACAAUGCAGAGGAACUUGUUGAAUGGACCUCAAAAGGUCCUGUGGUGGCCCUUGAGCUAAAUGGGGACGGUGUAGUGGAGGCUUGUAGAGGCAUUGCUAGUGAGGUUUUCGAUGGAACAAAGGUGUUCGUUUCUGAGAAUAAAAGUUCAGCUUCACAGGAUAUUGACAACUUUUUCAACUUUGCUGACAUGCAGAUGGGGAUGUAAAAUGAAUGAAAACAAACGUAUGUUUAAUAAUGUUAGGCAAAAAAAGAGUUUUUCUUAUUUGUGGAGUAAUGAAGUGGAUGUAGAACUACUUGUGUGUCAAUUUUAAACGACUUUUUACUUUUAAUCGAGUAAUUAGUGCUGUUAAAUAUUUUAAAUACUUUGCUGUUUAUUCCAUUCAUUGUUUGUCGUGUCCAGUUACCCUGAUUGCGUCCUCUAUACUGAUUCAACCCUUCACGGCUGACUGAGGACGCCUCUCAACUAACAUACGCCCCCUCCGGCACAUACAGUCAGUACAGACCGCAUUUUUCACCUGCACGAGUCGAGUUCAUACACCGACGGGCACUGUGUACAGAGGGCCACACUCCCAUCAGCAUUAUUCCUCAGCCCUGUGCAGGCGCCAUCAGUCAGCCAGCAGGGGCCGCAGUCGCACCAGUUAUGAGGACCUAUGAUCCGACUUUUUACCCUCUAACCCUGAACAACAGCCAAUCGUUGUUCAUGCUGCCGCCCAACCCAGUCGGAAGGCAGAGCUGAGAUUCGACACGAUGUAUUCGAAACCCCAACUCUGGUGUGCUAGUGUACUUUACCGCUGCGCCAUGCAAAACUAAGCAAUAGAUCAAGCUGGCUGUAAGAACCUGUGGCUGAAUAUUACCAUGAUUAUUGGCAAUCAACCUAAAAAUACAUUACACAGUGAAGAAAUUUAUUAUUAAUUUAUUGUCUUUUGAAGUAAUACUGGAAAUACAUGCUGUUCCUACUGUUUUUAAUUUGUUAUAAUUUUAUAAACUGUUAUGAUUUUAGUUUUGAUCAGUAAUGUGUAUUUUCUUCUAAAAUCAGGAAUCAUGCAUGUAAUGGCUGUUUGUUGUUAAUGAAAUUUUAGAAUAUAUUUGGACACACUGAAGUUUUCACGUUUAUGCUGCAUAUGUUGAGACAAAUCAACUUUUUAUCUGUAUUAUUUGUAAAAUAGUUAUGAUUUAAGACUAUUCUAAAGUGAUCUAGUGUCAGAUUGAAAUGAAUGUAUUUUGCUGUCUUUUACAUCCCCUCUAUUUUUGUACAAGUGUUUUUUUUUUUUGUCUUAUGACCAAAACCAGUUUUACUUGUACAAAUAAGACAAAUGUCUCACAUUGUACUUUUGUACUUUAAUGUUUAUAUAAUGCAGUUUUGUAGAAAUGAUUGU